CGGCACUUCCGGCAGGGGCGGGGCCGGGCGGGGGCCGCCAUGCGGGUGCGCGUGCGGAGCUGGCACGCGGUCGCGUCCUGGCUCUGGGUGGCGAACGACGAGAACUGCGGCAUCUGCCGGAUGGCGUUCAACGGCUGCUGCCCCGACUGUAAAGUGCCCGGCGACGACUGCCCGCUGGUGUGGGGACAGUGCUCGCACUGCUUCCACAUGCACUGCAUCCUGAAGUGGCUGAACUCGCAGCAGGUGCAGCAGCACUGCCCCAUGUGCCGCCAGGAGUGGAAGUUCCGCGAGUGACGGCGGCACCGGGCACGAGGGGAACGGGGGGCCCCGGCCCCGGCCCCGCCCAACAACCGCGCUGCCGCCGCUCGCGUGUCCGUGUGCGCCGUCCCGGGGCUGCAGGGGCGGGUCGCGCCGCCGCGGCGGGGGCGGCGAGGCGGGACCCCCGCCCGACCAUAAAGGCGGCGGCGGCCCCGAGCGCUGCGGCCCCGCUGGCACCGUGCGCGCUGCCCUGGCACCGGCGCUGCUCGUGCUGUGCCGCCCUGCCGAGCCCUGGUACCGACAGGCGGCCCGGCCCCUCCACUACUCGGUGGGCAGAGCUUCGGGUCUGCUCUCCAGCCUCCGCCGCCCGCCGCACACCCGCCGCUCCGACACCGACGGCUCUUCCGAGCCCGGCCGCGCCGAGGUGCCGCCCCGUUUGGACCGCGCGCUCCGCGCCACCGUGAGUACCGGGAGCUGGAGCUGCUCCCCGCGGGGCGCUGGGCACGAUUCGUGCUCCCACCGCGGGUGCUGGGGCUCCGCUGUCCCCGCGAUGCUCUGCAGCGAGCAGCAGGAGUGGGGCCCGGAGCAGGCUUGGGGCUCCCCAACUCUGCUGCCGGCCCCGUGACCGUGUCUCCCGCAGGUGCUGUGCGUGACGGAUGUGGCCCCCGAGCCGCGGAGCUGCCGGGCGCUGCCGGGCGUGCCCAGAGCUCUCCGGUGCAGGGUGGAUGUGAGCGUGUCCUGGGACCCUGUGGAGUGUGCGGUGUCCUGAGCCGGCACUGGUGGCUCUGGGGAAAUAAUAAAAGCGCUUGGGCUGGC